GGUCCACCCGGGCGGAGCGCGGCCGCGACGGGGCGGGCGGACUCGCGGGCGCUCCGAGCCGGCCUCGAGUGCUCAGCGCGGGCUCCCGGGCCCCCAUUCCGACCCCCACCGGGACCAGGAUCCCGACCCCACACCCCGCCCCGCCUGGCCCCCGCCCCCGCCCCCCCGGGCCGAUGGACUACUCCUACCUCAAUUCCUACGACUCGUGCGUGGCGGCCAUGGAGGCGUCCGCUUACGGCGACUUCGGCGCCUGCAGCCAACCCGGCGGCUUCCAGUACAGCCCCCUGCGGCCAGCCUUCCCCGCGGCGGGGCCGCCCUGCCCCGCGCUCGGCUCCUCCAACUGCGCGCUCGGAGCCCUACGCGACCACCAGCCCGCGCCCUACUCAGCAGUGCCCUACAAGUUCUUCCCAGAGCCGUCUGGCCUGCAUGAGAAGCGCAAGCAGCGGCGCAUCCGCACCACGUUCACCAGCGCCCAGCUCAAGGAGCUGGAGCGCGUCUUCGCGGAGACCCACUACCCCGACAUUUACACGCGCGAGGAACUGGCGCUCAAGAUCGACCUUACUGAGGCUCGCGUGCAGGUCUGGUUCCAGAACCGACGGGCCAAAUUCCGUAAGCAGGAGCGCGCGGCCAGCGCCAAGGGAGCGGCGGGCGCCGCGGGAACCAAAAAGGGGGAGGCGCGCUGCUCGUCCGAGGACGACGACUCCAAGGAGUCCACGUGCAGCCCCACGCCCGACAGCACAGCGUCCCUGCCGCCGCCGCCGCCCGCCCCCGGCCUGGCCAGUCCACGCCUGAGCCCCAGCCCGCUGCCCGCCGCCCUGGGCUCGGCGCCCGGGCCGGGGCCUCAACCGCUCAAGGGCCCUUUAUGGGCCGGGGUGACUGGUGGUGGGGGCGGCGGUCCAGGCGCGGGCGCGGCGGAGCUGCUCAAGGCGUGGCAGCCCGCGGAGCCUGGCCCCGGGCCCUUCUCGGGGGUUCUGUCCUCUUUCCACCGAAAGCCCGGCCCCGCUCUGAAGACCAAUCUCUUCUAGCUGCGUGACUGGAGGCUCCAGGCCUGUCCCCAGAGGAGCCCCUGUCCUGCUAGGACCUGACAGAGCCCCUCCCCAUCCUGGCUGCUGGCCUGGAAGGCCCCAUCCCCCCCUAACCCCACUGUUUCUGGCCCUGGGGUGUACUCUUCCCAGCUUUGGAGAUCAAGUCGAGGCCACCCUUGUCUCGCCCACCCUUACCCAACAAAAGGGGUAUGCUUUUCACAAGGCCACCAUCUAGGGCAGCCUGGAGUCCGCCCCCUCUUCUUGCCUGGCCUUC